CCUCCAACACCUCCCAUCGUUCGCAACCCCCGCUUUCAUCUCUGUAUCGGCCUCAGACUGGACUCCAUUCAGACGUGAAUCACCCUCGAUGGUCACAGCAACCCCACGCGAGGUCGGCACCUUGGUUGUAGUUAUUCUGAAAGCGAAAAACCUCCCAAACAAGCGACACAUAGGAAAGCAGGAUCCUUAUUGCUCAGUGGCUUUCAAUGGAGAGAAGAAGAGAACGAAGGCCAUCAAGCGCGGCGGCCAGCACCCUGAGUGGGACGAGGAGUUUCGCUAUACGCUCCACGAGGAUCCGAACGACUUGCCUGCCCCCCCUCAUGGGGAUGGUACACCUCCACCACCACCUCCCAAGAAAACCAAGGGGCCUCCUAGCGUGAAGGGUGGACGAUCGAUGCUAGUCGCCUGCUAUGCGGAAGAUCCACGCGAGCCAGACUUCAUUGGGGAGACAAACGUGGACUUGACAGAGGUGCUGACGAAGGGCGAAACCGAUGAAUGGUUCACUCUUACGAACAAAGACAAGUAUUGUGGAGAAGUAUAUCUUGAGCUCACGUUUUGGUCAAACGAACCCGAGCCUACCAAGAAGGCUACACCCAAGCCGAACGGGAGGAGCCACAGACAUUACGGCGGCCCUGGUCAAUUCGUGCCUGCGGGAGAAGGGGAGUUGCGGCCGGAGCAUGUGCCACCGUCACUCAGGCCUUCAAGCUCUCGCCUUGACCUAUAUGUGCCACCAUAUGAGACUUCUCGUUCUCGUCACUCCAUGGUGGACAACGUGACUGGUGACUUCGCAGAGCUGAGUGUUGACGUGGAUCGCAGGCAGAGCGUUCUGGUGACCUCACACUCGGGUUAUGCACCUCGUCCGGCGUCGUCAAUUGGCUUCCAGGAUCAGCGGGCUGUCUCCCCUCAGCCGGGCCACGGUUACCAUCAAGGCACGUAUUCAGAUGGAGGAGGGUCCUACUACGACGAGGGUGCUACACCUCCAGCAGUCAGCACGUAUCACCAAGGACCGCCGCCUGAGCAGUAUCAGCCAUCAUACGAGACUUUACAGCCCGCUACAACCGGUUACCAGGUCGCGCCACGACACGGGCCGAGGCACACCAUCCGGAUUGCUCCUCUACCAUCAGCAACACCCGCGCCGCAAAACUAUGGUCCGCCCGCGUCACAUAUGAUCAUCCCGUCGUCCAGUUUCUCGACGCUGCCACAACCACCCGUCGCGUCCUCUGGGUUUCCAAUGCAGAAUCCGCAACAGCACCGGCGACGUCAGUCCUCACUGCCUAUACCUCCUGCAGGCGGACCGCCUGGGAUGUAUAACCCACCUCAGCGGGGUCCGUCCGGAUCCUUCAACAUGUCUGCUGCACCUCAGGCUGGUCCUCCCGCACCGUACAAUGGAUCUUUGAUGAGAGUUCCCUCUGGUUCGUAUACAGGACAAAGUCAAGGUGGUUUGUAUACGCAACCGACUGGCAGUUCAACGUUCUCCUACAACCAGCCGCAGGCACAGCCCGUCUCUUACCACACAGGUGGAGUGAGCCCCGGAGAGGCGCCUACCAGUCUGUAUAGCUCUAUCCCACCGCCGCCUCCGUUGCCGUCACAGACGACGCCCGCGCCCUAUGCGCCGCAGGCAAGCACCAUGCCCAGUCGUUCGCCGUCCCUGCCGGCGCCGCCGCAUACUGUCACUAGACGGCCGAGUCUCCCGCCGCCACCUACUAUGGCUUACGCUGGUCAACCGCAGUCUGCUUUUCAGGUGCUCCCACCGCCUCCGGCUCCACCCAGCAUGCCACCGAAUACUCACUACGAGCCGGCUUCGGCCUACAUGCCCAUGAGCAAUAGCCAGACAUUCCAUCCCGGACCGCCGCCGAGGCCUCCGGCACAGCCAAAUGGCCAGCCCCAGUACCAUCAGUACCCUCUGAACCCACAGGCGCCGUACGGAGGUCACUCACCUAUCGCGGAGAGGGGAUGGUAA